UCGUAAAUUCAAAAUUACCAAAAGUUCAUCCCUUUUCCGAUUUUUCCACUUUUGCGGGUCGCUAAUAUUCUUUAAGACAGACAACGGUGGCCAGGAGAGCUCUGAGACGGUGUUUUCGUUGAAAAAAAAAACGGAAAAGUGGAUAACCUAGUGUAUCUGUUGGCCCAUUGGAAUCUGUUUGCUCGCAUCUGGUUAGCCGCCCAGGAGCCAGGAGCCGAGAAGGCAACAGCUUUCGACGAAAAACCCCACGUAUCGACAACCGAGAUGGAACAAGACGUUGAGUUUCCUCCGGUCGAUGCUUCCUCUGAAGAUGUGCACCUGCCGGCGGUCAUUUCCGUUGGUGCCUGUUUUACUAUUGCCGUCAUCUAUGUCGCUAGUUUGUACGUGUGGAAGUCAAAACAUGAUCGGGAUCAUCCAUCGACCAUCAAAAGGCGUUUUUGCAGCGUGUUUGUUGUGAUGCUGAUCGCUCCAAUCUUUGUGUGGGCUCUGUCGUCGGAUUUCGUUGCCCAUCGAUAUACCAUGUGGCAGAUAAUGGGCUUCCGAUUGGAGGGCUUAGUGACCGCGAUAAUGCUUCCGCUAGUGCUGACGGCUACGCUAUUUUGCGGACCACUCAGCGUAACCCUUUGUAACGGAUUGUGGCGCAUCUAUUCAGAGCCAAUGUACUGGGUCCAAGCCGCCCAAAAUCUUAUGUGGUUGAGAAACCACCUGGUGGCACCGCUGUCGGAGGAAUUUACAUUCCGGGCUUGCAUGCUGCCUCUGUUGUUGCAAACUUUUCGACCUCAUACUGCCAUGCUGAUAACGCCACUGUUGUUUGGUUUGGCUCAUUUGCACCAUAUCAAGGAGCGGCUCAGGGACGGAACACCCUUGCGCAUCGUUCUCACCGUAUCGUUUUUCCAGUUUUUCUAUACCACAAUUUUUGGCAUUUAUUCGGCAUAUCUAUUCAUCAGAACUGGACACUUUGCGGCACCAUUUGUAGCGCACGCAUUUUGUAACCACAUGGGUUUCCCCGAUGUGCCGGAAGUGCUCAACCAGACAAACCCUCGGAAAGCCAUCUUCCUAAGCCUGUACGUGCUGGGGUUGGUUGGAUGGAUUUUGCUACUGCCAACGCUUACCACUCCCGGCUGGUAUGAGAACAACCUUUUCUGGUCUGGAGACACGUGAACGAACGAACCAUUUAAAACGUAGAAAGGUUUUGUUUUUUUUUAAUGUCAUGAAAUAGGAUCUCUAGUAACGGCGCGUUCGUAAAUUGAUUUUUUAGGUGAUGCAUCAGUCGAUCGAUUUGUUUGGUAGAUGUCAAAUCACUUUCCAAAUGCUUUUGCAUACGUUUGUUUGUAAUUUACGAACGCCAGCAUCGAUGAAAAAAUCACUUCGAUAGAAAAAAUCAAUUUACGAACACGCCGUAGGUGCACAAAAGAACAGAAACCCGUGCUUUUAAUGUUUGCCAUUUAAUAUUCCUUGUGUAUCGGGAAUUUAAGAUUUCAGCUAUGCGGGUUAAUCAAUUUAGUUGCAUUAACAAUAGGACAUUUGAUAUUAUGAAAAUACGCAUAUUAACAAAAUACUUUUUGUCGGUUAAGAAUAAUCACUGUUUUGCUGCUUGAAAGCUCUUUCCUCUACCUAGCGAGUAGUUUAAGAUUCAGUUUAUUGUUCAGAUGAUGAUUUUCUUAAAAGAAAAAAUAAACGACAAACUAGCAGUUUUUUUAUC